CUUUCGUUUGACCACGAUCAUGAGCCACGCUCGUUACCUUUCACUCCGCUAGUAGCAUACGCUUGACAUCCGACGCUUCGUGCACCUACCUAGUCGACGGCCUGUUUGUCAUGACUCUUGUUCCGAUCGCUCAGUUCUCGACCUCGACCCAACGCGCCGAGCAAUCCCUCUGAGAUCUCCGAUUGAUUCCAUGUUAUCGCGCACCAGUGGCUUGGCCUAGCUUGCCGUCCCCUCUCGAUAACUCGGGCCUUCAUCUGUCGGCAGCCAUACCCACGUACGCGACCAAUUGAGACCUCCUCACCGGCACGCGCCUCUCAUCCCAUGGGCAAGAAGUGGCGUUGGGGGGUGAUACUGGACGCCGGGUCGUCUGGGACUCGGCUACAUGUCUACCGAUGGAAAGACCCCCAGAAGGCCCUUAAAUACGCUUCCGCAGAGGACUUGCGCAGCUUGCCGAAGUUGACGACGGAAAAAAAAUGGACGAAGAAGAUCAGGCCAGGCGUCUCGACCUUCGGCGACAGGGUCGGCGACGUAGGGCCAUACUUGCAGCAGCUGAUCGACCAUGCGCUCCGAGUCGUCCCCAGAGACCAGGUCCAAGAUACGCCGAUCUUCCUCAUGGCGACGGCGGGGAUGCGACUGCUGCCUCAAGUCCAGCAAACAGCGUUGACGAGGGAGAUUUGCUCCUAUCUCCGGCGGAAUACGCAGUUCUCGCUCCCGGAUUGCGACUUGCACAUUCAGGUCAUCAAAGGCGAGACGGAAGGGUUGUACGGCUGGAUCGCGGCCAACUAUCUGUUGGGCGGGUUCGACCAUCCCGAACACCAUCAGCACGGCAAGGGCCAUCAUACGUACGGCUUUCUGGACAUGGGCGGCGCUUCAGCACAGAUCGCUUUCGCUCCCAAUGCGACCGAGGCUCAGAAACAUGCGAAUGACCUGAAGCUGUUGCGGCUGCGCACGCUCGACGGGUCGCCCGCCGAGUACAAGGUCUUCACUGCGACAUGGCUGGGUUUCGGCGUCAAUCAGGCACGCGAGCGCUACGUCAAGAGUCUUGAGGAGCAAUACGCCGAGUCCGAGGCCGAAGUCCCUGACCCUUGCCUCCCGAAGGGGCUGCGGACAACCCUCAGGGGAGAUCCUGUUGGCGACGGGACCCAGGAUGCGCCCACCUUAUUCGGCACCGGACAAUUCGACGAAUGCUUGCAACUGACGUACCCGCUGCUCGGCAAAGAUCAGCCAUGCGAAGACCAGCCCUGCUUGCUGAACGGCCAGCACGUCCCGGCCAUCGACUUCGAUGUGAAUCACUUCAUCGGCGUUUCGGAAUAUUGGCACACGACGCAUGGCGUGUUCGGGGGCAAGCACGACAAGGCCUACGAUUUCGCGACGUAUCAGCAAAGAGUCCAGGAUUUUUGCGGGCAAGACUGGGCUCAAAUUCAGCGCAACCUCGACGGCACCAAAGAGGGCGAUGCGAAGAACGCCCAGGAGGCGUGCUUCAAAGCUUCCUGGUUGAUCAACGUAUUACACGAGGGAAUUGGGGUUCCGCGCAUCGGUAUCGAGGACCUGCCAACGGCAAACGUCUCCCGAGGCGCGCUGGAGCACGCGAAGGAGAAGGGCUUCAUCGACCCGUUCCAGCCGGUGGACAAGAUCGACGGCAUCGAAGUGAGCUGGACGCUAGGGAAGAUGGUCCUCUAUGCGGCGGGCCAAAUCCCCCCACAGAGCCUGGACGACCGGUAUCCCGUCGGCUUCGGGAGCAACACGGGUGGGACGCCGCACGAUUUCCAGUUUGCCGGAUCCAGCUGGAAGCCGAUCAACCACCACGGCAACCAAACGAGCGACGACGACCAGGACUGGGACUUUGACGCAGAGGACAUCCUCGACAGGGCCAAGUCCAAGCCGACAACGGGCCUCUUCGCGUUCAUCCUCAUUCUCCUCCUGUUCCUCUACUUCUUCCGCAAGCGCGACCGGCGCAUGCGUCUCUACAGCCGGGUCAACUCCGUCCUCAGGCGGCCCCGACGGCCCGGGAGCGGCGGCGGGGCGCGCAGCAAGGGCAGCGGCCCCCGCGGCCUGUCGGGGCUCGCGGCCAAGCUCUUCGGCGGCCGCCCGUCCGGCCCGGCGUACGAGCGGGUGAUGGAGGAGGGCGAGGCCGACCGGUUCGAGCUGGGCGGCGGCGGCGAGUCGGACGACGCCACGACCGUGUACUCGGAGACCAUGUACUCGGACUCGAGCGACCUGUCGAGGCCGUCAUCCUUGUCGUCGUCCCGGCUCGGUCUGUCGUCGGGCCUGUUGACGCCCCAGAUCGCCGACCACCACCACCACCUCCACCUCCAUCAUCAUCAUCACCCUCACGCCGGACGGUUUGACCUGGCGUCGUCGCCGACCGUGUCGUCUUCGGCGCUGGAUCGCAGCGGGCUGGCGGUCAGGACGGAGAGCAGGGAGCGGUUGGCGCUGCCGUCGCACCUGGUGGCGAUGGGCAUGGGCAGGCGGAGCAGGGCGGGCAGCCCGACGAGGGUGAAGAGUCCGCUGGCGUCGCCGCUGCUGGACACGUAGGAGCGUCCCGAUGGCAGGGGUUGGCAUGUGUCGGCGAGAGCCGUCUUGUUGAGGUUUUUGAGUGUUGUGGCUCUUUUGUUGCUCUACUUCUUCUGUUGGUGCAGAUCGCUUGGGAGCGGUUGAUCUAAAACCUUUUUAGUAUCGGGUUAUUUUUCUCCCUGUGAAGAUAUGGGCAUGGCGAGUUCAGGGCAUGGCGAAUAGGGGGUAUUUUGGACGGCGGGAGCCGGGCUGUUGUUUCUGUCCUUGAGCCGGCGUUGUCAGGAGCAUGUUGCCCGCUGAACAGUUGGAUGGGCAUCGUUGUAAAUGUGAGUUCCUGUUGUUAUGGUUCAUGCCCGUCUAAGAGACUACUUCUAUAAUUUCAAGCAAACGCUUUUUCGUUACUGUAGCUACCUCCUUGCCUUUUAUUGAUGUUCCACGUUCCCAUUGCGAAAAAUGCACUCCUCCAGGCCCAACCCGUCUGCCACUUUUGUGCAAACUCCCUUCCUUCCUUCCUUCCCCUGAGCAAACCCAAACUCUCCGCCCAUCCCCUUUCCAUCACGCACAAUACAUCAGUCAUCCCGCUCCAAGAACCCCGGAUCGGUCCGCACGCGGUUCUCAAACUUGCGCCACCACUCCUCGAACGCGCGCAGCGGCACCACCUCGACCUCCCCCGCCGUGCCGCUGAACCCGGCCAGGAAGUUGAACGCGUUCUUGAUGAUCCGCUGCGCCAGCACCAGCGUGCUCGGCUGCUGCUGCUGCGCCCUCGAGCCGGCGGGUACCAGCGCUCCGCUUGCCGCGCCCCCAGAGGCAGAGGUGGCGGAGGAGGAGGAGGUGCUGGUGCUGGUGGUAUUUGCGAGCUGGGCGAGCUGCGCAGCCACGGAGGCGGCGGGCUCGAUGGAGAUGCCGAUCACGACGUUGCUGCUGCUGCUGCUGCUGCCGGCUGCUGAUGCGCCCCCUGGUUGACUGCCGCCGCCGGUGGUGGUAGCAGAGGGAGGAGAGGUGGUGGGGGUGUUGAGCUUGAAGACGGCGCUCUCCUUGCCCGCGCCGAUGCCGCCCAGGAACUUGAAGUUGAGCUCGGGCUGGCCCGGGCCGGUCGGCGGCGUGACCAGGUAGAUGGCGGCGGCGGUGUCCGGGGGCAGGACGACACCCGGGAAGAGGAAGACGGUGAGGUGGGAGAAGGAUUUGGAAGGGGCGCCUGCGCCGGGCUGGGCUUGUGCCGGCGGGAUCGCGUACAGGAAGCUGGUGGGCGUCGGAGAUUCGGUUGGCACGGUGAUGAGCGGCUGGCCGGCCGGGACGAGGCCGAAAGGUGGCGGCGCCUGCUGCUGCUCGGCCAUCGUGGCUGUUGGUGGUGGGGGUGCUAGCGGCGUGAGACUCCUAAGAUCUGGGGUGAAUGGCGUCUGUCCGAGUCAAAUUUCCCGCUCUGGAUUCCCCGUCGUCUUCUUUUAUAUGGAUGCGGACUGGUGCAAGUGAUGUAUGAUUUAAGAGUCCAUCCAGCAUUCCAGACGGUGGUAGUGUGGUGGUGGCGGACUCGAAGCAGACGCUACCUUGGUGAACAGCUGCCCGGCUCAACAGGUAUGUACGGAUACAGGGCAACAGUGUUGGU